UGUAAGUAUUUGCGUCGCCAUUAUUGCGACUCGUCGCGUUGGUGUUGUCCUAAAAAGAAAAUUCGUCGUGUUCGACGAUAGGGAGGAGAAACUCCCAGGAGUUUAUUUGCAUUUCGUAUAAUCCACUGCGUGAAUUUGAAGAUCAUUCGAAGUUAAUAUUUAAAUUUUCUUUCUUAUCCAGUAUUUAAUAAACAUGGCUUUUUAAAAUGACGUCUUCGAAAUUAUGUGCAACCACUUCUCUUAGAGAAGCAAUUCUCUCAAUUAACCUAGUGAUUGCAAACGCUGGAGGAGCACAACAUGGAAAAAAAGGGAAGUCGACUUGUUCAACCCUCCCAGAAGGUAUCCUCAACUGAUAAAAAAACGCAAGAUGCCAAUAAGUUGUGGCCCCGUGGAUGUCGUCGGAGAGAGCCGAACGGGGGCACGUUUCCGAAGAACGAGACUUUCCGCAAACCGACACCGCAACGUAGUAGGGCGCUCGACAAGCGACCACGGCCGCGCGGACUUUAUUGCUCGGGAGAGGCAGGUGGAGGAGAGGAAUCCGGGCUAGAGCCGUUGAGUCCGGAAUUGGGAUCGGUUUUUCUACAAGGCAGUAAAAAGCAAAGCCUUAAUCAUUUACUUAACUUUCAUUUUAAAUCGGACGACAGCCAUGCGGUCGUGGGACCUCGUCUGAACUUCGCCCUGAAGCACAAGUAUAAGAAGGAGCAAUUCUUGCAGGCAAAUUGUCAGUUUAUUGUUCGAGAGAGCGCCGAUUAUAAGGCCUACAUGAAUAAUCCCGAUGCGCUUGUUGAUUGGGGAUUGAUUGAGCAAGUGAACAUCAGCGUAUUGGAUUUUCCUUCCUGUCCCAUCUGCCUAUAUCCACCAAUUGCCGCCAAAAUGACUCGUUGUGGCCACAUUUAUUGCUGGUCAUGCAUUCUGCAUUAUCUAGCACUUUCUGAUAAAGCUGUACGUAAGUGUCCGAUAUGCUACGAAAGUGUUUCCAAAGAUGAUUUAAAAAGUGUGAUUACCAUUCCACACUCUCUGAGAAAUGUAAAUGAUAACAUCACCUUUAAGCUGAUGAAACGUGCUCGCGCUUCAUUGAUAGCGUACCCUGCAGAUUUUGAAGCGCCCGAUCGAACUAGCCCCUACAGUGUUUCGGAUGAAAUCGUCUCUAACAUUUAUACCAAACUGCUCACAGCAGGGAGACGCGAGGUGUACACUAUAAUUGAUAGAGAGCGGUCUGAAUUGCUACAGCAGCUGGCAGAGGAUAACGACUGUCCAGAAAAAUGCUUUAUAGAGCAGGCGCUCUCAUUGCUCAACGAACGGGGUCAAUUGUACGACUCGCAAACAGCACAUCAAGAAAAUGUCGAUAAUGAGCCUACAUUGAAUCUGCCACCUCCAGAUGAAGAAGGCAAUCCACAAUCCACCAAGCACGUUUACUACUUCUAUCAAGCUACCGAUGGUCAACACAUCUACAUGCAUAACAUCAAUGUGCGUAUGUUGGAGCAUACCUACGGUUCGUUAGAAUUUUGUCCACAAACCAUUACCGGGCGAAUUCUCGAGAAAGAAACGGGUUCAGUUCCCGAAGACAUUCGGAAACGUCAUCGUUACAGGCAUCUUCCUGCAACUUGUCAAUACGAAUUUGCAGAAAUUCAACUGAAAGCCCCCAUAAUCAACGUGGAAACCUUGAUUGCGUUUCGUGACGAGAUCGACGCAAGAUACAAACGGCGUCAGCGACGCCAGCGUGAAGAGAGGAAGCGCGAAAAACUGAUCACAGAGGAAGAAAAUAAAAAAAUGGGAAAAUUUAUCGAAGCGAACAUCCAUUUGGAAUCUCAUCAGGACUUUCCCGAUUUUCAAGUUGCAAUCGCAAUGAGUGAUGAAACCGGACAAAUUUCACCACCCAGCGAACGCAGUUCGUCUCCACUGUCAGUUCAAACUACCGGAUCAUCUCCGCCGAACAACUGUCCUUCAUUCGCGAAAAUGCUUUCCACUAAUAAGUCAUCGACACCCAUCUGGCCCGUGCGAAAAGGCGUACCGAUUCCCAUUAAUAGUGAGCCAGUUUCCGAGGAUUACGCUGUGACGCCUAGUCACAGUCGAAGCUUUGGCGAUGUUCUCGCUCUGGCGCUAGAAAAUGCGUCGUUGCAUUGUGACGAUAACGGUAAUUCGAGAAAAGGUGCCAAGAAAAAGAAGCAAAAAAAGGUUUUAUUCAGCACCUCCAGGACGUUUAGCGGCAACGAUCGCACCUAAACAAAUUUCAUUAUUUGCUUUAAGUAUUCAGUAAAUCGCUUUUUAUUAAUUUAUUGUAAGUGUUACGUGUAGUAUUUUUCUUGGAAGGAAAUGGAGGUAACUACCAAAUGUAGACGUACAAUUUUCAGAAGUGCUGUGCAGUCAUUCUGGCUGUGUAAUCGGUAAUAAAUACAUUGAGGUAUCAUGAGAAUCUGCCAUUAGUCAUUCCAGUUGCUAGUUUAUACAAAUAAUCCUAGUAAGUUUGAUGAUACGAAGACAAGUUCAAUCUGCUGUUCUUGUAGUGGUGUCAUUUAGAAAUUGUCAAAGUGAUCAAUACAUAAUGUUGCAAACUUUAGAUAAGAAUCAUGUACAACGUGGGAUAAGUACACGGUUGUUACAUAGGGGGCGGUUGUUGUUAUGUAAUUAAAUUGAUAUGCCUGGGC